GGGAGGCGCUCGUGCUCGCCUGCCCGCCGCCUGCGGCUCGCGCCCGGGAGCGCCGCUGGGUCCCUGGAGCCGGUCGCGUCCUUUGUGCGGCGCUCUGCUUGCGCCGCGGGACCUUCGGACGGAAUGCGGCCCCUGGCAGAAGCUUUUCUCUUCUUGAAGAGAACUCUUGAAACAAUGGACUGUAAAAGGAGCAUGGAUUGAGGGGGGCUAACGGGGAAGCGAGCUGCACAGGGAAUCAUGACUUCUGCCGCGGAGAUUAAGAAGCCACCAGUGGCCCCCAAGCCAAAGCUUGUGGUAGCAAAUAAUAAGCCUGCUCCACCUCCUGUUGCGCCUAAACCUGAUAUUGUGAUUUCUAGUGUUCCACAGUCAACAAAGAAAACCAAACCAGCAAUAGCCCCGAAACCAAAGGUUCUGAAAGGCUCACCUGUUAGAGACAUCGGGCAGUCACCAUCAAGGAAAAUCAUUGUGAACCUGCAAGAGCAUAAACAGGAAUUACCUAAAAAUGCUGAUAACUCUAAUUGUAAAAAUGUAGGGCAUCAGAGCAGCGAUUAUAUUUUACCAAUGUGCUCCUGUAAUUCUCAGUGUAUCCAUAAACUUGGGAAUAGAGAACAUGUGUGUGUAAAGCAGCUUAUCUUAGAGCCCCUGGAAAUGCAUGAAAAUUUAGAAAAUAGUAAAAUUGAUGAGUCCUCUUCAGCUAUAAAAACAAGGAGUAAAUGUGAUUUUAACUUUGAAAAAAUCAAGAGCCAGAAUGCAGUAGUUUUAAAGGCAAACAUCCUAGAAGAGAAGCUUAAAGAUGUUUUAACACAACGAGCAUCACCUUUUAUUUCCCUACAGAAGCACAGCUCCACAGACAGCCCAGAAAUGACUGAUGGCUAUAAUUCCAACAGACAAUUCAGAAUUGAGUUUGCAGACCUGUCACCUUCCCUGUCCAGCCUUGAAAAAGUUCCUGAUCAUCACCACUGCCACUUACAGAUUCCUAGUGAUGAAACUUAUCAGCAUAGCAGUGAAAAAAGCAAUAGUUGCUUUCAUUCAUCUGAACAAGAAACUCUGGAAAAUGAUAAAAGAAGUACUUUUCCAUCUUCAGAUGGAGUUAGUAAGAAAUCAGAAGUCAAAGAUCUUGGUCCCUUAGAAAUUCACUUAGUACCAUAUACCCCCAAAUUUCCAACUCCCAAGCCCAGAAAGACACGGGCUGCUCGUCUGUUACGCCAAAAGUAUAUAGAUGUUCCUAGUGAAAGUACUGAAGAACCAGAGAAUUUAGACAGUAACCUUUCUUGUCCUUUAGAAGCUGGUUUGAAAAACAGUAAAAUUGGUGUUCUUCAUCAGAAUGUUUUGUGUAACCAGGAACAGGUGGACAAAGUGAAACCAGGAAAUAAAAGUGAAUUGAAUGUGGACUGCAACAGUGACAGACAAAAUUUACUCAAUCCACAGAAAGUUAUGUGUCAUGAAACAUCUUCCUUUGAAAAAAUAGAAACAGAUUGUAAUUUGAGUUCUGACACCAAGACAGUAGAUGGUUCCAGUAUGUCACUUGCUAUGGACAAAGGGACCAGUUUUAUAAGAUGCAGUACUUUAUCUAUGAGCCUGCCUAAGCAACUCAAAUUAACUUGCAAUGAACAUUUGCCUACUGCCUGUAACCUGGAAGCGUCUGCCCCUCAAAUGCAAAAAGAAUCUAUAAUAAAAGGUGAAAGUUCCUCACGAAUUGUCCCCAAAAAACCUCAGAGACACAGCUUGCCUGCUGCAGGAGUACUUAAAAAAGCUGCCUCAGAGGAGCUGGUGGAGAAAAUUUCUUAUCCCUCAAAUGAAGAAAACAAUUCAGAGAAGGGUCUAGAAAGAAAUCACCUUCGACAUUUGUGUGCCCAAAACCAUGGUAUGUUGUCCUCCUUUGAUAUGACUAAACAGACUUCAGAAAAGCCAGUGUGGAAAUUACCUCAUCCUAUUUUACCCUUUUCUGGGAACCCAGAAUCCUUAAAAUCUGUCACCAUAUCAUCAAAUAGUGAGCCUUCAACUGCCACGACUAAGCCUAGAGCGAAAUCAUUAUCUGCUAUGGAUGUGGAGAGGUGCACUAAGCCUUGCAAAGACUCUCAAAAGAAGAACUCUUUAAAGAAGUUGCUGAACAUGAAACUGUCCAUCUGUUUCAUGAAGAGUGACUUCCAGAAAUUUUGGUUCAAGAAUAGCCAAGUUGGAGAUACAACCACAGGCAGCCUCUCAGGUGGGGAGCGGAAAGGGAUUGAAAGUGAUUGGCAUGGCACGUUGGUAGAAGAAAAGAAAAGUAAGCCCAUCAAAGCAUACUCUGCAGAUAAUUACAGCCUAGAAUCCCAGAAGAAGAGGAAAAAGUCUCGGGGCCAGACCAAUGCAGCUAAUGGACCAAGAUCUGAGUCUUUGGAUGACCAAAUGCUCUCCAGGGAGUCAUCAUCUCAGACACCUUGCAAAUCUAUUACAAGUGGCUAUGCACCAGAGUAUGAAAAUAUACGCCAUUAUGAGGAAAUACCAGAGUAUGAGAACUUGCCAUUUAUUAUGGCCGUAGGGAAAACUCCCGAGUUAGAAUGGCAAAAUUCCAGAAGCAUGGAGGACACCGAUGCAAAUGUGUAUGAGGUAGAAGAGCCAUAUGAAGCUUCAGAUGGCCAGCUGCAACUUGAACCCAGACAUCAGCAUUCCAGUUCUGGAACAUCCCAGGAGGGACACAACGAUCUUGACCUUGGUCUUGGUGAACUUCCUUCAGAUGAGGAAGACCUCAACAGUUCUGACGAAGACGAUGUCAGCUCUAAUUCUAGUAAAGGGGACCCUGACCUGGGAGACAAACAGCCACGAAGGUUUUCAAAGGAUGAAGAUACUGGAAUGAAAAGUAAAGUCCAUCAUAUUGCCAAGGAGAUUAUGAGCUCAGAGAAAGUGUUUGUGGAUGUGUUAAAACUUUUGCAUAUUGAUUUCCGAGAUGCAGUGGCCCAUGCUUCCAGGCAACUUGGGAAACCCGUGAUUGAGGACCGGAUCCUAAAUCAGAUCCUGUACUACUUGCCUCAGCUGUAUGAGCUCAACCGGGAUCUCCUGAAGGAACUGGAGGAAAGGAUGUCAAACUGGACUGAACAACACAGAAUUGCUGAUAUCUUUGUAAAGAAGGGACCAUAUCUAAAAAUGUACUCCACAUACAUCAAAGAAUUUGAUAAGAAUAUAGCUUUGCUGGAUGAGCAGUGCAAGAAGAACCCAGCAUUUGCUGCUGUUGUUAGAGAAUUUGAGAUGAGCCCACGCUGUGCUAAUCUGGCCCUCAAGCACUACCUACUCAAGCCAGUUCAGAGGAUCCCCCAGUACAGGCUGCUGCUGACAGAUUAUUUGAAAAAUCUUCUAGAGGACUCUGGAGAUUUCAGAGACACUCAAGAUGCCCUUGCUGUUGUUAUUGAGGUAGCCAACCACGCCAAUGACACCAUGAAGCAAGGGGACAACUUUCAGAAACUUAUGCAAAUUCAAUACAGCUUAAAUGGACACCAUGAAAUAGUGCAACCUGGACGGGUUUUUCUGAAAGAGGGAACUCUGAUGAAGCUGUCUCGGAAAGUCAUGCAGCCCCGAGUGUUUUUCCUGUUUAAUGAUGCCCUGUUGUAUACAACACCGGUGCAGUCUGGGAUGUAUAAACUGAACAACAUGCUCUCAUUGGCUGGAAUGAAGGUUAGAAAACCUACCCAAGAAGCAUAUCAGAAUGAACUAAAGAUUGAAAGUGUAGAACGUUCCUUUAUCCUUUCAGCCAGUUCUGCCACAGAAAGGGAUGAAUGGCUAGAAGCGAUUUCCAGGUCAAUAGAAGAGUAUGCCAAAAAAAGAAUCACAUUCUGUCCUAGUAGGAGUCUUGAUGAGGCUGAUACAGAAAAUAAAGAGGAAGUUAGUCCUCUUGGAUCAAAGGCUCCCAUCUGGAUCCCUGAUACCAGAGCCACAAUGUGUAUGAUCUGCACAAGUGAAUUUACUCUGACCUGGCGACGACACCACUGCCGGGCCUGCGGAAAGAUUGUAUGCCAAGCUUGUUCAUCAAAUAAGUAUGGUUUAGAUUACCUGAAAAAUCAACCAGCAAGAGUAUGUGAACAUUGUUUCCAAGAACUGCAGAAACUAGAUCACCAGCAUUCUCCUAAGAUUGGAUCUCCUGGAAAUCACAAAUCUCCUUCAAGUGCCUUAUCAUCAGUCUUACAUAGUAUUCCAUCAGGGAGGAAACAGAAAAAAAUCCCAGCUGCUCUCAAGGAAGUAUCAGCAAAUACAGAAGAUUCUUCCAUGAGUGGCUAUUUGUACAGAUCAAAGGGCAAUAAAAAACCCUGGAAACACUUGUGGUUUGUCAUAAAAAAUAAAGUGCUGUAUACAUAUGCUGCAAGUGAGGAUGUGGCAGCUUUGGAGAGUCAGCCUUUACUAGGAUUCACUGUCACUCAAGUCAAAGAUGAGAAUUCAGAGUCUAGAGUGUUCCAGUUGCUGCACAAAAACAUGUUAUUUUAUUUGUUCAAAGCAGAUGAUGCUCACUCAGCUCAGAAGUGGAUAGAAGCAUUUCAGGAAGGCACAAUAUUGUAGUGAUACUGGUUUCAUCUCUUCUGUGAUUUCACGUGGUGGAAUUUCAUCAGAAUGGAGUAAAUGCAGUACAAAGACUGUAUAUAAAUGAACACUGCCAAGAAAAUCCAGCCAAAAUCUUCAUCAAAUGUUAGAAAUUAUUUUGUUGGGUAUAAGGGGUUUUUUUUGAAUGUUUGGUUUUUCGUGUAUGCUAUUUAUUAAAUUUUGAUGUUUACUUAA